AUGCAUACAUGCAGAACCCUGAAAAGCACUAAAAUAGUGAUGUAAGCCGUCUGAUAUAAAUAAAUUGUUAUUAAUAUAUUUUUCUGGUAGUUGCAUGUAUAUCUUUCACACCACAAUUCUCCAUAUGAAGUUUUACACUUUUUCAACAUGUAUUUUUCAAAUAUUUCACUUUGUUUGAUAAGUAAGACAGAUGACGUCACUGGCAGUGGAACUUUUGUCGCAGCCAAAAAUUAUUGUUCUUUUUAUUUUUCUGUUUCAAAUUUUCACGAUUAAAGUAUUCCUUUAUAAUCUUGGUUACAGGGUGUAUAAAAAAGGUGGUCCACCUUUGGCAUGUUAUCCUGCAUUAUAUUAUAUAUUACGUUAUCCAUGCAUUUACUUCUUUCAUACUAAUUGCAUAAAAGCAAUGGUAUUCAUCUAUUUACAUAACUUGAUCUUUCUUUCGAGAUUUUUUUGCUUCUUUACUUUUCCGUCUUCACGUUUCCCGCCUCUGCAGUUUACAGGGUAUUGAUCCAUCCCCAGAUUUAUGAACCUUUGUAGCAAAGGCCUGUUUGAUCAUUACAAAUCUUCUUCUCCUAAUUUCUGAAGAAUUAUUGAAUUUAGAUGUAGAAAAUCCAAGACAACAACUGAAGAAACAGACAGGAAUUCUAUAGCCACAACAACUACAUUAGACGGUCUUACUAAUGUUGCUCUCGAUGACGAUGGUUUGGUUUCUGCUACCAAACUACGAACGCCUGAAGUUAAACAAGAAACGGAGAGUUCUCAGGGAUUAGAUCCAAAAUUUGAAGAAAUGUUGGACAAUGCUUAUGCAGAUGCAAGACAGUUUGCAAAGUUUCCUCAUAUGCCAUAGUUCAUGAUGGCAUAAAUACAUUUGACAAUUUCAGGUACGUUGAAAGAUACCGAUUUGAUAUCAGUAGGAAAAGGUAGGGGGUAAAUAUUAUACACUAGCUUACUGUCUGCUCCCGACGGAAAUAGUUUGUUUUGUUUUCCUGAGUUUCAAUGUUUCUCGAGGCGAAGUCGAGGGAAAUAUUGAGAUUCGAGGGAAAACAAAACUAAUUGUUUCCCGAGGGAACAUACAUUAAGCGUUUUGUUAUAUAGCUAGCGACGAACAAAAAUCAACAUUCAACAACAUUCAUACAACAAUUCAUGUAUUUCGUGACAAAAACUCUAUAGUGUAAACAAGUUUAAAAUUAAAAGAACCUACUUAAGCGGUUUCAGUAGCAUAUCCUGUUUCCUGUUGUAUAUUCUUCUUCUCUUUUACAUUCUUUAUUUGAACACAAACUUGGAAAAUCGUAGUUUCUAAUUAUGCUAGUUCUGCCGCCAUUUUGUUUAAUUAUGUACGUAGGCGGUCGGGGCGAGCAACAAUUGUUCACUUGUUGCCCGGCGGGAUAUUGCAUUUAUCUGAAGUCACGUGACCACAAAUCAGCCAAUCACGUUUGGUGUUCACCCUAGCUAUAUAAUAACAAGAUUUGUUGGUGUCGAACUCGAUUGAAUAAUAGUUGAUGGGUUUUGUAGAUGGAAAUUAUAAAGUGUAAAUUUUAUAUACAUCUAUUAGACCUAACCAGAAAGUUCGAUUAAUCGAUUAUUUUUCCACAAUCGAUUAUGCUUAACAAUAAUCGGAUCAUAUAUAACACCAUACAGCGUGAUGCGGGAAUGAGUUAAUUUCUUCCCGGAUUAAAAAAAUUUCGUCAAGAAUCAGUGGCCUUGAAACAUUAAAUGACAAAUUGAUUCAAAACAUUGUGGGUCAAAUAUCAAUUUCAUUGACAGCGUGCAAAGUUUACCAUAGUCUGAUCAGGUUACCAGUGUUGUGAAAAUAUCUUUCAAGUUUUUUUAUUAGAAGAAUUUAUUACCAUUUGCGUCCAACAUUGCAGAGUGCGGAAAUAAACCAAUUAUCCAUACGAGUCUGAAUCUCGCAAAUUUACUUGGGAGUGUCAAAGGUAAACAACUAAAGUAAACAUCCUUAAUAUCGUUCCUGUUUUUUCAUGCAUUUCUCUUGUGUUUAGUGUAUAGCACAAUCAACAAUUGGGAUUAAUGUUCUCUUUAAACCAAGAUUUAAAACGUUUAUACUGACUGGUGAAACCCCCCAAAAUUUAGUUUAAUUACAAUUUAGAAACCUGUCAAACCACCAUGGGCUUUUCAUAUUUAAAUUAAUUAUCAACACGAUUAAUCGAUAUUAAUCGAUUGUUGACAACGAUUAAUCGAUUACGAAAAUUAACCGAUGGGAGCAGCUUUACCAGAAACAGCUGCAAAACAUAUGACCUCUGGCAGGAAUCGAACCCGCGGCCCUGUGAUUACAAUGCAGGCUCUAACCAUAAUAUAUAUGUGUACUUCUGACUAGAGUUCGACAACUCGACUCUGUAGCUCAGUUGGUUAGAGGUUGCACCUGAAUCGCAGGGCCGCAGGUUCGAUUCCUGCCAGAGGACUAUAUAAUUGCAUUUUUCGCAGCUGUUCCUGGUUAGGUCUAAUAUAUGUAUGUAAAAUUCACACUCGAUAAUUUCCGUCUAAAAAUCCAUCUAGGAGAAAAAGGGUCUGCAUGCAAUAUUACCCGGUUAUUCUAUUCGUUUAAAGCUCGCUAAAAUAAAAAAUGUGUCUGAAACAUCGGGAGAAUUACAUUUUUAAAGCAGUAAAACCCGUGAACUGGAACAUUGUUACAUUAAGGUGGCUCCCUACAGUUUUGUAACUAAGAACAGUCAAUAGCACUUUAAGGUCUAUUAUUUCUUUUGCUUAAAACGUAUGCUAACGAAACUUGGAGACAACAUUGUUACAGUAUACUGGAAUACGAGAAGUGAUAAAUAUUUUCAUAUUGUUUCGUUACCAUGGCAACAAGGCAAUUUGAAAAAGGCCUUAUUUUUACAUUCUUUCUCAGAUUUUUAGAAUUUCCUUCGGUAAAAGUUUUUAAUUUUCUGCACACGAGGAUCUAAAGUAUAAUUCUUUCAAAAAAGAGUUUUUUACAAAAAUCGUACGAGCCAAUUUUUUGUAAUUCUCAAAAAAGCCUGUUUUUGGAAUUAAAAAAAUUCGGCUCGUACGAUUUUUUUUUAAAUCACAUAUUUUAUGCAUUUUGUGAUUGCCAUAAAGUGUGCAAAAUUUUAAAAAAGUUUACCGAAGGAAACAAGAGAAAAAUGCACUUGUUUUCUUGCGUAUGACGUCGAAAAAAUCAGGAUUUCAAUUUCCGCGCGGGGCUAUUCCCACGCGUGGGGCUAAGAUUGACAUUUUGUUUUCAAAAUUUAUGAAAUCUGACUUCCAUAAUAUUUAUGAUUUGUUUGAGACUAUUGAAAACAGAAAGUAGAGUACAUGUAUAUCUGAAACGGUAAGAAUGGAAAAACUAUUUUGCCCUAAACGUCUAAAUUUGCACUUGCUGUGUGAUUGUGUUGAAAACCCGUAAAACUAUUCAAGACUAUUAAAAUUAUUUCGCUAAAGAUCUGUUUCAUGAAGUGGAUCUACUUUUAUAACAUUAAAAACAAAACGCUAGACGAGUCAAGUUGAAUAUGAAGAGCAACGAAGUCUCGAUAUUAACUAUUACAUAAAUAAAUAUUACAGUGACACAUAAUUGUCAUAAUUGUUUGUACUUUGUAGUCCAGCCACUGAGUCCAGCAUUUCAAAAACAUAAUUAAUAUUGUUUCGACUUUUGAUAAGUCGAAGAUUUUGAACUUUUUAAAAACCAAUACUAACCGUUAAAACGUGAAAAACAUACCAAACAAAAGUUUAAUAACUGGUCAACAACAUAUGUACUUUUAAUAAUUUCAACUACGUAGGAUUAAAAAUGCUGGUGUCGUUCUUUUCAAGAUGAGCACUCAAAAAUUAUUUCGCCGGCUUGUCCGCUUGUGUAAAAAACACCACGAAUUUUCCACGCGCACGACGCGAAAAUGACGUCUGACUAAAUCAACUUCAAAUUCUACCAAUAACUGUAGGGAGCCUCCUUAAAUUGUACUUCAUAUUUCUGCAUAAAAAUUACUCUCCGAUCGUUUUAAUAUUUGCAUAUGGAAAUUCUUAUUUUUAGUGGUAUAUGCUAAACACUAAAUGCUAAGAGUUAAGAUAUAUAAGACUGAUUUAUGUAAUCCUGUGUUAAGCUCAACCCCUAAUAGAUGUCCAGAAGAAACAAAGGCUUGCUGGUGUUUCUCUUUUCUAAACUUGUUUUUCGCUCGUCAGAUAACUUCGCUUUUAGUGGUGACUUUAAUUGUUUCUAAAAUUUGCUUACUGUGAAAGACCACUUGUUCUAGUUUCUUAUAUUAAGACUAUGGUAAAAGCAGACUUAUAAAUAGUCGGUUGGAAAAAUUAUGAAAUUUGUACAUGAAUUCAGUUAAUAUAUGCAUGUGUAGCGGCCGAGGGCAUAACUACAAGAUGGGCUUCAAUUUCUGCCAUCUUUUGCUUAAAAAACACAGCCGGAGUUAUUGUUCCAGUUUUUUGUAGAAUUCACCGGGUUAUCCUCAUACCGAAUAAUAAGAUCAUUUUCCUUUCCACCUCCACCGCUCUAACGAGGGUUGCUCAGUGAGCUCGAUAUGUAUCUGGAGCGAGAUCUUCAGUGUAGAUGCUAAAGUCUGCUUAAUUAACUUGUGAUCAACUCGUUCUUUUUAAUACUUUAUUCACAUAGCGUUGUUCGGUACGUAACGGUACGGUUUCUACAAAUUUACAAACACUUAAGUAUGAACAAUAUGGUCUACAAAUAUUAAACGUUCGCACACAUAUAUACAUAUAUAUACUUACAAUCACUUUGACGUUAUCCAGGGAUUUAUUCCACAUCGUGUAGAAUAUCUUAAUUAUGUCUUGUACAUCUACAUGUUAUAACCGAAGCUUCUUAGUCAUAUCUAAACUAAAAAGGUUCUUGCGCAAGCGUUUAUAGCUUAUUAAAUAUUCUGAUGUCAAUAUUCCAUUCUUAUGUUAAUAUCUAAUUAACGGAAGUUACAUUCAGUCUUUCAGCCUAUUAGAAAAGUGAAGCCAAGAUAAUGGAAUUGACGCCAAUAGCCAUGAAGGUUGUAAACAGUUUUUAUGCUAUUUCCACAGCAAUUCAAGUUUUUUCUAACGGAUUGUAUGGCUAAUCAAGUUACCAGUUCAUAAAACCACAGUAUGAUAUUUAAACCGAAGUCAUGAAAUACGAAAUUUGGUUGGCACUCCUUGCAGACUACGCAGACUAAAACAAUAGAAAUGGACUGAAAAUGACGUCGAAUAGCUCCAUCUUUGGCUUCACUUUCUGGUGUUUUCGCUCCAGAUAUAUAUGGAUCGAGGAGCUUACUGGUGUUGCCACAGAGCAGUGCAGGAAUGAAUAUAAAUGAAUGCUUACUCCACACAGGAAUUUGAAGCCAAAGACAGCCCCAGUCUUUUCACGCAUGCAAAGAGCACGGUCAAUCUGUCCAUAUGAACAUGUAUUCUUUAAAACCGGUUUUAAAUUUACAAAUUAAAAAAGCGCUCAAAGCUUUCUAUUAAUGCAUUUAUUCGGCUCCCUGAACUGGUCUCGCGAGGCUUAAACGCGCGUGUCUAGAGAUCACGCGUGUCUGGAGGUCAGCUUUGGCUUGAAGAAAAAUAUAGGCAGUUUAUCUGAAGGUAUAGCAUACUAGUUAUAUUCAUUUCACUGCUAAGGAGGCUACUUUAAUAAUAUUGUUGUUCGCAUGAGUCCCUAUACUAAUGCCCUCUAUUACUUUUUCUGUUUUUAGAUAA